AUGGAUACCGACUCCCAAAGCGAUAGUCGUCGGCCUUAUUAUAUACGAAAACUGCACGAAAUGGUGAUAAUUGGCGAACCAUUUCUGAACAUCAAUUGCAGACACAUUCAGAGUUUUGAUUCCGUUCUUUACCGCCAAUUGGUUUCAUAUCCACAAGAAGUGAUUCCGACAUUCGAUAUGGCAGUCAAUGAGGUCUUCACUGAACUCUAUCCCGAAGGCAUCGCAGAAAUGGAUCGCAUUUGUGUCCGCCCUUACAAUGUGAUCAAGACAUCCACUUUGCGUGACUUGAAUCCGGAGGAUAUCAACCAAUUGAUAACUAUCUCAGGAAUGGUAACCCGUUGUUCAAACAUAAUCGCCGAGAUGUGUGUCGCGUACUUCGAGUGCACGGUCUGUAACUUCGGUCUCACCGUUGAAGUGGAUCGCGGAUCCAUUGCUGAGCCCCACGUCUGUCGACAAUGUAAUACAAACUUCUCGUUCCGUUUGGUCCACAAUCGCUCGCAAUUCACAGACAAACAGCAAAUCAAACUCCAGGAGUCACCGGACGAUAUGCCGGCCGGACAGACCCCUUACACUGUGCUUCUGUACGCCUGUUCUGAUUUGGUGGACAGAGUACAGCCGGGAGAGAGGGUGACAGUGACCGGCAUCUAUAGGGCGACACCCAUUCGUGUCCAUCCAAACAAACGCAAUGUGAAGUCUGUCUACAGAACACACGUCGAUGUCGUCCACUAUCGCAAAGUCGAGAUCAAACGUCUUCACGACGACGGAUAUCAACUGAAACUCUCGAAGGAACGCAUCGAUCAGUUGAUUGCACUCUCGAAUAAGUCUGACAUUUAUGAACGACUGGCCAUUGCAUUGGCGCCCAGUAUUUACGAGCACUUGGAUAUCAAGAAAGGCAUUCUUCUGGCGUUAUUCGGUGGCACUCGAAAGGAGUACAACCAGUCGGACAACAACCCGACCGGAAAGUUGCGAAGCUUUCGGUCUGAACUGAAUAUAUUGCUUUGUGGAGACCCGGGAACCAGUAAAUCACAACUUCUUCAGUACGUCUAUAAUCUGGUGCCGAGAGGACAGUACACGAGUGGCAAAGGCUCGUCGGCUGUCGGUCUCACUGCUUACGUAACCAAAGACCCGGACACUAAGCAAAUGGUUCUGCAAACGGGAGCCCUUGUACUGAGUGACGGCGGCAUCUGUUGUAUCGAUGAAUUCGACAAAAUGUCUGAUUCGACGCGUUCUGUACUCCACGAAGUCAUGGAACAGCAGACCCUUUCCAUCGCAAAGGCUGGUAUUGUGUGUCAACUGAACGCUAGGACAUCCAUACUGGCGGCCGCCAAUCCAGUGGAGUCUCAAUGGAAUAAAAACAAAACGAUUACCGAAAACAUUGAAUUACCGCCGACUCUGAUGUCGAGAUUUGAUUUGAUUUUCCUGAUACUCGACCCACAGGAAGAGGAGUACGACCGCCGACUCGCCAAACAUCUCGUGUCACUCUAUCACAGGUCACGAGACGACGAAAGAGAGGAGUUUCUGGACUUAAGUGUCCUCAAGGACUACAUCGGAUACGCGCGACUCAACUUCCAUCCGGUGCUCUCGGAAGAGGCCUCUCAGGCCCUAAAGCACGCGUACGUCGAGAUGAGGAAAGUUGGCUCCGGAAAGGGUCAGAUCAGUGCAUAUCCGCGACAAUUGGAGUCAUUGAUCCGUUUGUCUGAAGCGCACGCGAAGAUGAAGUUUAAGAAUGUUGUGGACGUCGAGGACGUGGAAGAGGCCCGAAGACUACAUCGGGAGGCCAUCAAACAGUCGGCCACCGAUCCCUUGUCCGGAAAGAUAGACAUUUCGAUUCUGACUACAGGUAUGAGUGCCUCGAGUCGUAAGAAGCGAAGCGAGUUAUCCCAGGGUUUGAAACAACUCUUGCAAUCAAUGGGAACAGAGAAGGGCUCACAGACUGAGUCACAGCAACAGUUCAGUUACCAGACUGUCUUCAAUGAGUUCAAGAGCUCCACCACUCUUAUGGUCUCACGAGAUAUGUUCGACGACUCACUCAAAGCCCUUCAGGACGAGGGCUUCCUUACCCUCAUUGGCACCAAAUUCAUACGAAUCAACACUUAA